CAAUACUGCGAAGCCGGUUUUUUCCUCAGCUUCCGUUAAGGAUGCGAAAGUGAGAGAUUAAUCCGUGUCGUACAGGUUCUUUGCCAGAGUAUUGCACUUCGUAGUCAGUCUGUGUUGUGGGACAUUCCACAGGAGUAUACAGAUUUUGUGCUGCUUGACUAGAACACUGUCCUGAUAUGUCGGUAGUAGGUAUUGACCUGGGGUUUCAAAAUUGCUACAUUGCAGUGGCACGGAGUGGGGGGAUCGAGACCAUUGCAAAUGAAUACAGUGACAGGUGUACCCCAGCCUGUAUAUCCAUGGGACCCAAAAGUAGGGCAAUAGGAAAUGCAGCUAAGAGUCAGAUGAUAUCAAAUGUGAAGAACUCCCUGCACAGCUUUAAAAAGUUCCAUGGAAGAACAUAUGAUGAUCCUUUUGUCCAGAUAGAGAAACGGAAACUUCCUUAUGAGCUGCACAAGAUGAAUGAUGGUAGUACUGGCUUUAAGGUCUGGUACUUGGACGAAAAUCAUGUCUUUGCAGUAGAACAGGUUACAGGGAUGCUGCUUACAAAACUGAAAGAGAGUUCAGAGAUUGCCCUGAAAAAGCCAGUUGUCGACUGUGUAAUUUCAGUCCCUUGUUUUUUCACUGAUGCGGAGAGGAGGUCUGUGUUGAAUGCAGCUCAGAUUGCAGGUCUCAAUUGUCUGAGGCUAAUGAAUGAAACUACAGCAGUUGCUUUAGCUUAUGGUAUUUAUAAACAAGACCUUCCAGCCCUAGAUGAGAAACCACGAAAUGUUGUAUUUGCAGAUAUGGGUCAUUCAGCAUUCCAAGUCUCAGUCUGUGCCUUUAAUAAAGGAAAACUAAAGGUCAUUGCUACUACUUUUGAUCCCUAUCUUGGUGGCCGGAACUUUGAUGAGGUCUUGGUGGAUUACUUUUGUGAAGAAUUCAAGGUCAAGUACAGACUGAAUGUCCGUGAGAAUGCUCGGGCUUUGCUGAGGUUGUAUCAGGAAUGUGAGAAACUGAAGAAGCUCAUGAGCACAAACUCUUCUGAUAUCCCCAUCAACAUUGAAUGUUUUAUGAAUGAUAUUGAUGUUUCAAGUAAGCUUAACAGAACUCAGCUUGAGGAGUUGAGUGCCCAUUAUUUAGCCAGAGUAGAAGCCCCAUUAAAAGCGGUUAUGGAUUAUGCAAAACUGCAGUGUGAGGACAUUUAUGCUGUGGAGCUUGUUGGAGGAGCAACUCGAAUCCCCGCUGUGAAGGAACAGAUUAUAAACUUCUUCUAUAAAGAUGCUAGUUUCACACUGAAUGCUGAUGAGGCUGUUGCAAGAGGAUGUGCACUACAGUGUGCUAUACUUUCUCCUGCAUUCAAAGUCAGAGAGUUUUGUAUCACUGAUGCUGUCCCUUUCUCUAUUACUCUGAAGUGGAAAUCAUCAUGCUCUGAAGAAGGAAUUGGGGAGUGUGAAGUAUUUGGCAAGAAUCAUCCUGCUCCAUUCUCAAAAGUAAUUACAUUCCACAAGAAAGAACCUUUCAGUCUUGAAGCAUUUUAUACUAAUCCACAGGAGGUGCCAUAUCCAGAUAGGAAAAUAGGUCACUUUGUAAUCCAGAAUGUUGUCCCACAAACAGAUGGGGAGAAUUCUAAAGUCAAAGUCAAAGUUCGUGUUAACAUUCAUGGAAUUUUUAGUGUCUCCAGUGCAAUACUAAUAGAAAAGCAAAAUACAGAUGGAGAACAGAAUGAGGAAAUUCCCAUGGAAACAGAGCCAUGUUUUAAAUCUGAGACCAAGGAAAAUGAACAGGAAAAGAUGCAGGAAGACCAUCUGGAUAGUCACCAGAAUGAUCAGUAUGUCCACCAAAACCAGUCAGCUGAAGAUGAUGGAAGCUCAGGCACAGAUAUAAAGGUGAAUCAAACUUCCUCUGGUGAUACUGAUCAGGAACCUCAACCUGCUAAACCAAAGCUGAAAGCAAGGAGUAUAGAUCUUCCGGUUCUCACCAACUUGCCCAGGCAUUUCAAUCAGGAAGUUCUGAACUGCUUUACAGAAAAUGAGGGAAAGAUGAUGAUGCAGGAUAAACUAGAGAAGGAGAGGAAUGAUGCCAAAAAUGCAGUGGAGGAAUAUGUUUAUGACCUGAGGGAGAAGCUCUGUGGUAUCUAUGAACCAUUUAUUACUGAAGAGGAUAGCAAUAAACUGAACCUUCUACUAGAGGACACUGAAAAUUGGCUAUAUGAAGAUGGAGAGGAUCAAGCAAAACAAGUCUAUGCUGAGAAAUUACAAGACUUAAAGAAAUUUUGUCAACCUGUACAAGAUCGAUAUUCAGAACAAGGAGAUCGGCAGAAAGCAUUUGAUGAGCUGGGAAGGAAGAUACAAGUUUUUAUGAAGACUGUGGAGGCUUACAAAAACAAGGAUGAAAAAUAUGAUCACAUUGAUUCAGCAGAAAUGGAAAAAGUUGAAAAACGUAUGAUUGAGUCUAUGAAUUGGAUGAACAAUAAAAUGAACGCACAGAGAAAGCUGAAACCAUUCCAUAAUCCUGCAGUGAAAUCAACUGAAAUAUUAGCAGAAGCCAAGGAGCUGGAUAAUGUUUGUCACCCCAUUGUCAGCAAGCCAAAGCCUAAAGUGGAGUUCCCACCUGAAGAGAAAGAAAAGAAGGUUAACAAAGAGCAUAAUGGCCCAGCGAAUGAACAGAGUGCAACUGGCAAUCAGAAUUCAGGGACUGAAAACUCUCAGCAAACUAAACAGCAGUCUGCACAAAUGGAAGUGGACUGAGCUUGAAAGUUCUUUUCAUUUGUUCAUUUAUUUCAGUAACAUAAACCUCUUUUGGCAGCAUUUGUCCUCCUCUCCAUCCUUUUUUAUUUUGGUGCGUAGUUUAUCUGUUACGUGCCCAUUUUCCUUAUCAGUUAUACAGAUGUCAGUUAAUGCCUUGCAAUUCAUAUAAAAUUAUGCUGGAUGAUGAGUUCAAUAUAGAGUCCAAAUAUUCUUUUCAUCUGCACUUACAAGACUUUUUAUAACCAGCAGAUUGUACAGUUCAAUGAAUGUAAAGGUGCUUAGUUUAUUUCAAGGAGCAAGAACCCCAGUCUGUUUCAAAAUGCAGAAACACCCACCUGAUACCCUUUAAUAGUGUACAGUAGGAGUUUUCUUUGCAGAUAAAUGUGUGCACAUUGUCAGGAAGGAAGGAAGGAAGGAUACUUCAUUGUAAUAUACUGAGAAAGAGAUAUAGGUUGUGUUGUUGCAUCUUGGUGUGUGUGUGACAAUAAAAUUUUGAAUUUGAAAAGUGAA